AAGGGAAGCUACAUAUGGUAUUUAAAGCAUUGCGAAGGGAGGUUAUUGGCUAUUGCAGAGAAUAUCUAAAAGGAGGAAGCUACAUGUGAAGACUAUUACUGUAGCCUUUCACAAUCAGCCAAUCAGCCCUCCCCCUGUCCAAGUGGCGUUAAUAACCAGACACAGAGAGGUAGCUACGGAGCAGAUGAAGAUGAAUCCAUGGACCCUCUCUGUGCUCCUGCUGCUAGCUGGGCCGCUGGGGGCGGACCCUGACUGGCACGUGGAGUACCCUGACUCCUUCUGCGUGGUGGAGGGCUCCACCGCCACCAUCCCCUGCAGCUUCACCCACCCCGCGAGGGUCAAGGUGGGGCGGGUGGUCUGGAGGUUCAAUUACGAGCACAACGUGUACAACAGCAGCAACGUCCGGGCCAACAGCAGGUUCCUGUACCUGGGGGACCUCAUCGGGAACUGCGCCCUGAAGAUCAUCAAGACGGUGAAACGGGACACUGCAACGUACCGCUUCAGCUUCGAGACCAACUUCGGAUGGUGGACCGGACUUAAUGGAGUCAGAGUCAACGUCACCGGACUAUAGGAAGAGACUAUACCUGGUUCCCAUUGGGGAGGGAUUAGUAGCUUCCUGUAGUCAACCUUGAGCAAGAUGUCCUCACCCACCUGCUCCUCAUGAGAUGUUUCUGGAUGUCCUGGAAGACGCUUUGGAUCAAAG